AUGGCAAUGCGGCGCCUUCGGGACAGGAAGGCGCGCAUCGUCUACGAGGUUGAGUCCGACGAGUCUGACGACCAGCAAGACUCGGACUUUCAGGGCAGCGCAUAUUCUGAAGAGGACCUCCCUACGUUGAAAAAAGACAACUCAUUGGCGCAGGAGCAGGAGUCGAGUGAUGAUGAAUUCUACGCAGAAAUCAGAACAGAGAAUACACUGCGGCACAUUCCUCCUAUCAAGAAGGAGCCCACGCCUUCAGAGACCGAUAGCGACACACCCUUGGCCCAACGUGUACGACACAAAAAGCCCACUAAACCGAAGCUCACGCGAUUCCAACGCUCCCUUGCGCAGUUAAAUCAUAUACAUCCGGAACUGGUUCCUGUAUGGGAUAAACUACGUGCCAUGCGGCGCGAUAAGUCAAAGCCCGCACCUCGAGCUGAGCAGCCCAGUAAUAUUUGCAUUUCGCUUCUGCCAUUUCAACUAGAGGGCCUGUAUUGGAUGCAACAACAGGAGCAAAGUGAAUGGCGAGGUGGACUUUUGGCAGACGAAAUGGGUAUGGGCAAAACAAUUCAAAUGGUGAGCUUGCUUGUGGCGGACCCGAAGCGACCGAGUCUCGUCGUGGCUCCCACGGUGGCACUAUUGCAAUGGCGUAAUGAAAUGCGAAAGUAUGCACCAAGUCUCCAAGUAUUAGUAUGGCAUGGUGCCCAGCGUGCCAAGGAUGCAGAGGCUUUGCAUGCUUCCGAUGUGGUUCUUACAUCAUAUGCUGUAUUAGAAAGCACAUUCCGCCGUGAUCGAUACGGGGUUAUGCGAAACGGCCGUCGCGUACACGACCGAAGCUUGUUGCAUACAAUGUUAUGGCGCCGGAUAAUUCUGGACGAGGCCCAUCAUAUUAAAGAAAGAACAUCGAACACAUCGCGUAGUGCAUUUGCCCUUCAGAGUGACUUUAAAUGGUGUCUCAGUGGAACGCCACUCCAAAACCGAGUUGGUGAAUUGUAUGCCAUGGUCCGAUUCUUGGGCGGAGACCCGUUUGCGUACUAUUAUUGUCGACAAUGUCCGUGCAAGUCGGCAACCUGGCAAUUUCACCAUAACAGUUAUUGUGUCCAAUGUGGUCAUAAACCCAUGGUUCAUUUGAGUUUUUGGAAUUUUAUGAUAUUGCGCCCGAUUCAACGUGAUGGCACUGACGAGGGCGACGGAGAAGAAGCAUUCGCUCGUCUACGUCUUCUCCUUGACUGCAUCAUGCUUAGGCGGACGAAACUCGAACGCGCCGACGAUAUGGGAUUACCGCCACGUACGAUUGAAGUACGACGAGAUUUCUUCAGUCCUGAGGAAGAGGACUUGUAUAAAAGUCUGUAUUCAUCUACAACACGCAGUUUCAGCACUUAUCUGGAUCAGGGUACCGUAUUAAACAACUACAGCAACAUUUUUACGCUUCUCACGCGUAUGCGGCAAAUGUCAAACCAUCCAGAUCUCGUGCUUCGUUCAACUACUCGCUCGAACGCUGAUUUGCUUGGCAAAAUUGAUGAAAUCAAUGUAUGCAAACUAUGCUUAGAAGAAGCUGAGGAUGGUAUCAUGUCUCAGUGUCGGCAUGUGUUUUGCCGCGCAUGCAUGCAGCAGUAUCUUAACAGUUUUGAAGGCGAUCAAGACCCCUCGCUGCGACGCACACAUGAUGAACCAGAUUGCCCAUAUUGCCAUGCUGUGUUAUCCGUGGAUCUUGACGCGCCUGCAUUGGAGCCGCCACAACCCGUUGCUACUCCCAGUGACCCUAAACGACAGGGUAUUUUGACUCGUAUCGACUUGUCGAACUGGCACUCGAGCACCAAAAUCGAGGCGCUCGUGGAAGAGCUCACAAAACUACGAGAAUUACCAGAUCGUACUAUUAAGAGUUUGGUGUUCAGUCAGUUUGUCAAUUUUUUAGACUUGAUUGCCUUCCGACUCCAGCGUGCAGGAUUUCGUAUAUGUCGGUUGGAAGGUAACAUGACGCCUGAAGCUCGCGACCGAACCAUUCAACACUUCAUGGAGAAUCCAGGUGUGACUGUGUUUCUUGUCUCGCUGAAAGCAGGUGGUGUGGCGCUCAAUUUGACCGAGGCAUCGAGGGUUUACCUGAUGGAUCCUUGGUGGAAUCCGGCUGUCGAGGUGCAGGCUAUGGACCGCAUUCACCGCUUGGGACAGCAUCGCCCUAUCGUUGUCAAGCGCAUGAUUAUUGAAAACAGCAUUGAAAGCCGCAUUAUUGAAUUACAAAACAAAAAGAGCGCUAUGGUCGACGCAGCCAUUGGUCAAGAUGAUACUGCCAUGGGGCGUCUCAGUGUAGAUGAUUUACGCUUCCUUUUCACCAUGUAA